CACCAACACGCUUCUCUGGAAUCGUCGCUGUCGGGAAGCCGCCUCCGAUUCUGGGAAGAUUUGGAAUUCAUCAUCUGGACUGUGGACAGCGAAUGGUUUUUAUAAAGGAAAAAAAAGUUCCGUGUUGUCAUAUGUUUUGAAAACUCCGCUCCAGCGCAGCUGCUGACAGGAGGAGGCUGAAGACAGGAGGAGAUCAACAGGCGGGUUCUGGAGUCUGGAGGAGAUGAUGGAGGCCCUGUUUCCUCUGCUCAAGUCCCACCCAGGACUGUCAGUGGUGCUGUUCUUCCUGGUGUUCAGGGUGCUACACGUGCUCCUACAGAACCUGCCGGUGCCGAAGGUGGUGAGGCAUGAUGGCUUUCGCUCCUGGAAGUGGAAGAACAUCUCCCUGUCCAUGCUGCACUCCCUGCUGUCGGCGACAUGGUCUGUGACUUGUCUGGUGGUUUGGCCCGAGAUGCUCAGUGACAUCCACUACCACACCCCGAUCUCCUACCUGCUCGUCUGCGUCUCAACAGGCUAUUUUGUACACGACGCAUGUGAUAUUAUUUUGUCGGGUUAUGCCAGAGGAUCGUGGGAGUUCCUUCUGCAUCAUGCACUUGUGAUCUGGACCUUCCUGUACACCCUCUUCACUCGGCUGUACUUGGCCGGUGCUGUCAUCGCCCUCUUAGUGGAGGUCAACAGCGUGACCCUUCACUUCCGGAUGUUGCUGAAGUUGGCCGGCGCUCAGAACUCCUCGAUCUACUACAUCCACAAAUUCGUCAACCUGGCCACUUACUUCACUUUCCGCCUCAGCGCACAGUUCUACCUCACCUGGUACAUCGGGGUGAACUACUCCUCUCUGGUCCAUGGCGCGUACUUCCUGGCUUCCUUGAUCUUGAUGAACAUUAUGAUCGGGAUUUACUUGUACCGCCUGCUGCGCACCGACUUCUUUUCAGGGACGGGGAGGAGUGCUACAGUCCAGAACGGGACCCAUAACAACAAUGUUAAGAAGUUUCUCAGCGAUUGACUCAGGUCUGAUGGCAGGACUUUGACAGCGUAUGUUUUUAUAGUAGGGUGGAAGUUUUCAUAUAUUGUCUUCAUAACCAAUCACUAACACAGGUUACCUAAUGUAACACCUCUUCUAUGAGGCGUGCGAUGCCCUCUGACCGGGCUGCACGAUGGGUAAAACCUCUGGUUGGCAGCAAAGGAUCCACCCACCCUGCUGUUAGAAGGAGCUCCACCUUGUGGUCACGCUACAAUUUUCUGACAAGCUGGAGGGGUCGCUAGGCAACGAGGACAGAGGGCAUUGCAUGCCUCAUAGAACAGGUCUUACAUUAGGGAACCCUGUGUUCUAUUUCAGCAUGUUUAGCCCUUUGACCCGGCUUGGCAAUGGGUAACAGCGAAGGCCACCACCGUUUCUGCCAGUGGGCGCACGGAGAAGGGUUUGUCCUCUUGUUGAAUGUGGCGGCAUCAAUGUUGCUCCUAUGGUGACGGAAGAGGUUGAUGCCCUCCAACUUUACAGCACAUACCCUGCAGCUGAAGCUCUGUGGCGCUGCUGCCUCGCGCUCCCCAACCAUCCAAAUGUCUGUCAACUAGGGGCAUCCAGGGGUUGGCGUUUCACCUUCUUGGCCUUAUUCUAUCCCAUUGAUACACUGGAAGUAAAUGACAAUUGCUCAUAGUAGAAUUACUCACACUACUCAUCCAGCUUGAGGGGAAAAUGGAGGGUGAGCGUUUCCCUCACAAUCUGGCAAAACCAGAGGUUUUACCCGUUGCAAAGCCCAGUCUGAGGGCUAAAGAGUUAUUCUGCUUUUGUUUUUUUUGCCAGAGAACAAAAACAUUUGAUGAAGAAGGAAGCUGCCUCAGGAAAAACGAUCAACUCCUCAAACUCUCUUCCCUUUUGAAUGACAUUUACAGUCUUCUUAUAAAUGUCUUGAUCAAGUCUUGGAUUAUAAAAUUCAAUAGUCAGUAUAGGAGUUAAAAUUUGGAAUAUAAACAGUUCAUAAUAAUUAAAUUAAAUAAGCUGAAUACAAGCUGUGUUCUUAUAUUAGGAAAAAAAAGCACUCUAUAUCAUGUAUCAUGUACAUUUUCACAAAUUGCAGUUUUUAUUUUUGAGUGAAAGUUGUGAAUCUAGCAUUUUAUUAUUUCAAUAAUAUAUGAAAAAAAAACCAAUUCACUACAUUUCACAAUAUCGCCAUUUAUAUUUGUGUUUAUUUUCCCCCAUUAUUUCCGAAUGCACAUCUGAAUUUUGCCACUCCUGGAAUACAGUUGUUAUGGUUGUAUAUUCGAAACUAAUUCCAUAGUUUCAAAUCUAUUUUUCAGCUUUAUUUUUAAGAUAUAGAAGGAAAAUUCAACCAUGAAGGCAUCACUUCAUUUUUACGUUUAACUUUUUACCUUAAUAAAGGUUGGUUUAUCGAGUAUUUUGAUAAAUUACAAUUAUUUUUCAGCGCAGAAGCAUGAUUCAUAUCAACACUUGUGUGAACAUGUAUUUAAACCAUCUCAUAUUCCAUGAUAUGUAAAGACAUUUUAUGAGAAAGUCAGACGAUAAGACAAGUCAAACGCUUCCACACUUCCUCAGCAGGGGGCGAGCUGAUGAAACACAAGAUUCACCAGCAAUGCAAAGUUCGAUCGUGAACUUUCGUCUUUUCAUGAUUUGCAUUUCUAACACGAGAAGAAGACUAACUCUGGAUGACUUACAUCUGUACUCUAUCUGUCUGUAUGACGCCCUCUGAGGCCGAGAGGACGAACACGUUUUUCUUUUCUAGCGCCGGAAAUCCACUCCACUUUUUGAAAACUAUGAUGAAGUCUUAAAAUGAUCGGUGUUUAUUUCACAACAGAAACUCAAUUCGAUUGAUGAAUAAAAACCCAAAUACCCUGAAAAAGAGAGUACUUAGUGACAAUUCAGUGACUUUUCGGGGCGGAGGAGAAUAGAAAUGUAAAUUCCACUGAGGUCAGUUUGCAAAUCAUUCCUGUGGUGCGAGAUUCACACUGUAAAGCCUGGGGAGGGGUGUCAGAGGAACAAUCAAUGCAGUGGUGCGUUACCAUGUCAAUGUCCUACUGGUUUGUAAAAUGUGUUAGAAAACCCUGAGAGUUGCAUUAAUAGCGCCCCUUUUCCCAACCCUUAAAUGUAUUCUUUUAUAAAUGUCUAUUUUAGAACAUAAUAUAAUGUCAAAUGCCUGUGCUUUAAAGUGACAUUUUCAAAACUAUUUAAAUAAUACAGGUUUGUUUACGAAAAAAAAAAAAAAAAUACAACUGUGCCUUCAGUCCAGAAGACUUUGACAUGUGAGGAAAAAAAUGUGUUAACCCUUGAAAUAAUUUACUUGUGUGAACAUUUUUGUAGCAGUCUGUUUUAUACAGUAUGUCCUUCAUUA